AUGACUGAUGUGGAAACUACAUAUGCAGAUUUUAUUGCUUCAGGAAGAACAGGUAGAAGAAAUGCAAUACAUGAUAUCCUGGUUUCUUCUGCAAGUGGCAACAGCAAUGAAUUAGCCUUGAAACUAGCAGGUCUUGAUAUCAACAAGACAGAAGGUGAAGAUGAUGGACAGAGAAGCUCCAAAGAACAAAGUGGGGAAGCCCAAGGAGAAGCAGCCAAGUCAGAAAGCUAACACUCCAUUCUGACGGUCAUCAAUACCUGACAAUGUGGCACAUCUCCUGGCAUUGCUCAGAUGUAUUUGCAGCCAUGGGUGAAACAGAGGGGAAGAAAAUGGCUGCACUGCACAGCAAGAUGCUGUUGGUUGCCAUAUCACAA